CUCCACUCAUGCUCGAGGUAGAGUGUAAACCCACUCAGGCUAAGACACACUAUCAGACACACCAUUGAAUAUCGUGGGUCUGCUGUGGAGGAGGUCAGACGGGCUGAAUGUAACCAUUCGGACAGUGCAGCCCUCGACAUUCGCGACACGGUGGGUAAUAUUAUUGCCCCUAUAUGUUUGGAUGUCGGUCAACGGAGCAUGCGGAGAUGUUCAUCUCCUGGGUCAACUACAAGCUCAUCUACAUGUCUCGUGCGUACGUAUUACACCGUAGAUCUGAACGCGAACACAGUACGACACCGAAACAGGCUGCACGGAACCGCACCCGAACUACGAAUUGCCUCGCCAGGGACCCAACAUCAAUGGCAGACACUUGCAGGAUGCGUACUUCUGUCGACGGAAAUCUACCAAAGCAACUUCAAUCUAAAUCUAUACUGCAGCGCGGAACGUGCAAAUGGACAUCAGCUCACCGAUUUCAACGUUCAACACUGGAUUUACGUACAGUGGCAAGGCUGUUCGAUUGCGCUUGCGCGCGAUCUUUUUUUUUUUUUGAGUGGAGGGCCCGACAGCGGACUGCAACGAGACGGAGCCUCGUUUCCUCCCGGGGGAAAAUGCAUUUACGCACGAACUCUCGCGAGAGAGAACAGUGUGGGACUCAGGACCGUCAUCGCACCAAUGCAUCAUCGUCAAGUCUUGGUGGUGGUGGUGCUCUGGUCCGCUUGCCAUACCCACUAAAAACCCCCGUGCCGUCGGUCGUCGGAUCAGGACCUCCGACGGCGUCUGAAAACAGACGAGCGUAGUACGUGGGUGUCGGAGGGGAGUAGCGGUGAGAAGUAUGAGUGAUGGGUGACUGUAUCUACGGCUUGAGGUUUGGCUUGGGUGUUCCUACGAAAAGGUCAGAGACGCUCUCU